UAUUUCAGUUGUUAAUAAAUAGAAGACGAAUACGGUUCGGUGCGCUUAAAUAGUUUAGAUUGUUUUUCGGGAAUACUACAGAAAGAAAAUAAGGAACACAACAAACAAAAUGGCAAAGGAUAAUCUAACAGCUGUUCUUUAUGGAAUUGAAGACAUGAGAUUGGAACAACGUCCAAUUCCGGAAAUCUCUGACAACGAGGUCCUUUUGGCCAUGGAUUGCGUUAGCAUUUGCGGUUCCGAUGUCCAUUAUUUGGUCAAUGGUCGCAUUGGUGAUUUCAUUGUCACCAAACCAAUGAUUAUUGGCCAUGAAGCUGCCGGUGUUGUGGCCAAGGUGGGAGCUAAGGUUAAACAUCUUAAAGUUGGUGAUCGUUGUGCCAUUGAGCCCGGAGUACCAUGUUAUAUUUGUGAUUUCUGCAAGGGAGGUAGCUAUAAUCUCUGCCCGGAAAUGAAAUUCUGUGCCACUCCACCCUACGAUGGCAAUUUGACGCGUUACUAUAAACAUGCUGCCGAUUUCUGUUUCAAACUACCCGAUCAUGUAACAAUGGAAGAGGGAGCUCUCCUUGAACCACUGUCGGUGGGUGUACAUGCCUGCCGUCGUGCCGGUGUUGGUUUGGGUUCCAAUGUUUUGAUUUUGGGUGCCGGGCCAAUUGGUCUGGUCACUUUGUUGGUGGCCCAGUCAAUGGGAGCCUCGAAAAUUAUGAUUACCGAUUUGGUGCAACAACGUUUGGAUGUUGCCAAGGAAUUGGGCGCAACUCAUACAUUAUUGAUGAAACGUGAUGAUAUACCCGAAGAAGUCGCUAAACAAGUGGAAUCGCUUAUGGGUGUCCAGCCGGAUAAGACCAUCGAAUGCUGUGGUGCAGAGACAACAACACGUUUGGGCAUUUUUGCAACCCGUUCCGGCGGCUGCUGUGUUAUUGUUGGCAUGGGUGCUCCUGAGGUUAAGGUGCCAUUAAUCAAUGCCUUGGCCCGCGAAGUUGAUAUUCGUGGUGUUUUCAGAUAUUGUAAUGAUUAUUCCGCUGCCUUGGCCCUUGUGGCAUCCGGUCGUGUGAACGUCAAACGUUUGGUAACCCAUCACUUUGAUAUAACCGAAACGGAUAAGGCCUUCGAAACGGCACGCAAAGGAUUGGGUGGAGCCAUCAAGGUCAUGAUUCAUGUUCAGCCCAAGGAUACUAACAAUAAGAAAUAAAAUUAUUUCAUUAAGCUACAUAUGUAAAUAACAAAUACAACAACCAGAAACAUUGUUAUCUACCCUUUCCAAAUGUAAAUACAUUUCAUUAUAUUUAACGUUAAUAAAUUGUUUUUGUAAUCAAUUAUCACAGCCAUA